AGAUCGCGGAACAUUAUCCACAGCCUCGCACCCUGGCCAGGAAGUUAUACCGUAAUCAUCCUUACGAUUGUACUCUUUAAGGACAUAAAUUGGCAAUGGCUUCUAGCAUUGCCCCAGCUCCGGUAAUCCCAGGCCGCAUAACAGCAGAAGCACUAUCCAAGAUCUUGUUGGAGCCAUCUGAGACCAACAAGGUUGCAGUUAUCGAUGUGAGGGGUGAAGAUCACAUCGGCGGUCACAUCCUCUCCUCCAUCCAUGUGCCCUCCAACACCCUCGACCACGCCAUUCCCGCCUUAAUCCGCAAGCUCGCCGAUAAAGAGAUAGUCAUCUUUCACUGCGCAUUAAGCCAGGUUCGAGGCCCAAAAGCAGCGGCUCAGUAUAUGCGCGAGCAACAGCGCUUGUUGGGACCACAGGGCGCUGGGAGGGGAGAUGUUGGGAAGAAGUUGGCGAAGAGCAAGGUCCAUAGUGAGGGAACGGAAGGCGAAGCUUCGGAUUCUAAGGAUGGCGAAUGGGUUGAUGAAGGGACGGCGGAUGAGAAAGACGAAAAGUCAAAACUGAAAGAGCAGAAGGUUUAUGUUCUGGAUAAGGGGUUCGAGGGAUGGCAGGAGAUUUACGGAAGGGACAAGAGGUUAACUGAGAAUUGGUCUGAGGAGUUAUGGCAUCCGUGGUAGAAUAUAUUAAGUGGCAAAGGAUUCUCUUGCCUUUGCUACAACUUUGAGUAACCAAGAG